AUGAUACUUUCUAGAAAUUAUGAAAGCAAUAGUAAUCUCACAUCAUAAAAUAGUGAACUUCUGUGUUCAUAAACACUAUUACCUUAACAAAGUCUAUGCUUGAAUAAAUUAAAUCAAACUGAAUCUCCAUUAAAAAGAAUGAGAACGCUGAUAAAUCUAAGAAUCAAAGAUAAAGAAACAAUAAUAAAUAGAAUAUGUAAGAGUUUUGAAUUAAGAAAUGUGAGGAAUACUAAAAAAUAAUAAUAAAGAAGAAAAAGUGGUUCGGAGCAACUAUCCUAAAAGUAGCUACAUCUAGACUAUUAGUAUCCUAAGACAAUCGUUAAACAUUAAGAAGUUGUAACCAAUGAGCUACAAAGGACUAAAGAAAGAAAACGGACUGUAUUAAAGAGAAUGUCUAGCAUUCUCCUCAAGCAUCAAACCACGAUUCGCAAUAUUAACAACCAAGGGAAUUAGAAAGAUAGCGAAGUGCAGUUACUCAUACUAUAAUAACAAUAAUAAGGAAAUGAUGAACCCAAUGUUCCUUAGUCUCAAGAAGUGAAAAAACAAAAACUAAGAUCUUUUGUCUUAGAACCUGAACAAUCUAAAGUAGUCUUAGAUGUUUCUCGAAAAUCCAAAAAGCCAUUCGCUUCUAUCCAAACUUACAUAAACGAAAAAGCAACUAUGUAAGCGAAAGAACAAACAAUGAAUCCAAAUAAUAUUGUGAAUUAAACAAAUCCAUUCAUGAGCUUCGCAGGUUUUUAGAGUCUCACUGAAAUGAAUGGAUUAAUCUAAAAUAAAUCACUAAUUAAUUUAGGAAGGUAUCAAGUAAUCAAACCUACAUAUCCUCUACCAAAAAUUAAAAUGAUUUGUUCAGCCAGGAAUAAUUGCUCAUUGCUUGAUACAAAUUUCCUGAAACAAAAGAAACCGUAUAUUAAUAAUGGAAACACUUAGAGGAAAUAGAGGAUUUCAACAAAUUCAUGA